GGCGUGGCAUAUCAGUAUCUGCGACGUCGAGGUCGACGACAGUAUUGAAGUAAUUCUAAGAAGUAGUAUAAGUAACUGAGUUGAUCUACAAACUUGAAGAAAAAAGUAUCUCUACCAUAGACUAGCUAUCUGAUAUCAUAUGGAGACGGCAUCGCCACUGCUUUGAACAAAUUUGAACGGUACAAAAGCUGCAGAUCUUGCCACUUUGAUGAUCGCGUAGGCCACUAGAAAUAAAUAAGUACAUCGUCAAAAGAAUGCGGGCCGGGUUAGUCUUGCUUCCUGCUCUGCUUGCAGAGCUCUCGUGGGGACUUCGUCUCCUCGAAAGCCAGCCAAUCGCGGGAGGUGCGUUGACGAACCCCCUUUCUGCGGGGCUUGCAGCGCCCGUGCAGGGGAAAGUUAGUACUGACGAAGGCAAACACGUAGAGUGGAGUCCGCCACCGCGCGGGAUUUUGAAGAAAGGCAAAGGCAGCGCCGAUGCCAGCACCCAAACUGCGUGGAGUGACGAUUGUUUUGACCAUUUUGAACCAGUCUGUGAAGACGACGAGGAUGCGGUUGGGGCUGCGAAAGAGCGAAAGUCAAAGUCGGGGAGCUGGCGCGAGCCCGUGGUAGAACAAUUCCAUGAGCUUCCGACGACGAAGGAGGGCUGGGCCGCACUGGGAGUCGAAAGCGAGGAGGAGUGGCUGCGGGCCACCAAAGGAGCAACAAAGGUUGGCGGAAAGCACCGCUGGGCUGUACCUCCACCGGGGUACGAGGGUUGCACGUUCACCUUCGACACGCCGGACGGUGAGCCAAAGUUUUCCUUCGGGAUCGAUGCCGCCGGGGAGCCGGUGGCCGGCAAGCGUCUUGCGGAUGCUUGGAACGAGUUCAAAGGAGGCGAUGAUGCGGACCAGGAGGAAGAGGAACAGGAGGUGCCGAAGCGGAACAAAUCGAAGCAUUCUAAGACUAAGUGCGGACGAAGACGCCGAAAAGCCAAGGGUUCUUGGGGGCGAGGUGUAUUUUAUUCAUCGAAAAAUGAAAAUGGGGAGCAGUGCGUAAUACGCGUUAUUCAUUGUCAACCUGGCCACCCGCUUUUGUUACCCUUCCCGCAACACUUGAUGGUGAGGAGCGAACACUGCCGGAAAAGUAAAAUCGAUAGUCUUCACGCACGACAACCAGCGAAACAGUGCGGGAAAAAUAUUAUCGAUGAUGAAGACGCCGCGGUCGUGUUUCGGAACGAAGAAAGCGGCUACGAUGCGGACGACGAGGAGGGCGAUGACCACUAGAAAAGCAUCGUAGACCACGCAGGUGGACGCGCGUCAAGGGAUAUAUGUAUGCGAAUGAGGGCAUAAGUUUAAGUUUUGUUUUCCUGGCAGAAAUUUAUGGGCAUCUUCAUUGCGGCAGAAACCACCACCACACUGUCAUUGACUGUCCCGUUUCGCGAUCAUGAUUCUAUCUUUUCUCGGGAGCUCAGUCAAAAGCACUACUGUUGUACAAAGUUUGUUCAUAAGUAAUUUGUCGUUGAGCGGGUGGUAAUGGUAUAGGAACUGCGUGGGAGAUGCAAGUAUUUGAACUUUUUGAAUACUUUAGCGAGCAGUAGGAUGAAGUCGUGUGAGUUUUCGUUUUGCAUCCGUGUAUGAUUGAGAUUGAAGUAGAGGAACCCCCUCAUGAAAAUUGUAAUCGCAUCCACAACUAGAACUACAAUCGCAAGCCAAUGGUUUUUUGAAUCUGGAGGUCAGAAUUGCGUACAAGCAAACUAUAAAAGAGCGGUUAUAAUCUUCCCCCAGAAAUCCUUUAGCAAUUCGCCCACCUCAAAAAGUUCUCAGGGAGUUUAUGUCUGAGCACGACAAUGAAUGUCGGAAACAAAUUAUAUCCGGAGUUGUGUCUCGACGAAACUUGCCCGGUCUAGUGUGUUUUAUCAAUUUGCGUCAUUCAGCACGACAGUCUGAGUUUGACUGAAAACUGAAAGACAAAAAUGAAAGCAACGUACCGAGACUGAGAAGGAAUUGAACCCGCAGUGGAAAUGCAGAGUGAC